CCGAUAUGAGUAUCACAUGUCACGACUGACGUCAUGACAGGACUGUUCGUUGAGUUUCCUCCUGUACAAGAACUGGCCACGACCAGCAGUGCUCAGCAACAAGAAGAAAGCCCUUAGCAUUUCAUCUCAAAUCACUGCCUGCAAACCAACGUCCUUGUUCAAUUAUGAUUUACUCGAAUAUCUUGAGAGCCAAUCGCUCACUUGCCUCCAUCCGCCAUGUCCGGUUCCCGAAAAGUCCCACUAUUACGAGCCACUUUAUACGUUCCCGUUCAACCACUCCUCUUCUAGCCCCUCACCAGCCAGAACCACUCGAGACUGGCGCUGUUGAAGACUUCGAAGUCGAUACCUCGCCAGAAGCGAUCGAGGAACGCAUGCGUGAAUUCAACGCAAAGUCCCACCUUCCUGUCGCUGAGGAAUCGCCGCACGAGACUGGUGUAAAUGAGAGUGCAACGAUCAGAAGGGAUAUCCUUGCGGAGGUGGAUCCUGAAAGAAUCCCAAAGGAAGGGAAUCAAGGAAUUAGAAAAGUGUCUUUCAAGCCGGCAGAUCCCACAGAGAGCGCCUAGUUGUAGCAGAUAAUUAAAGAGGAUAUUGGGAGAUACGGGGGACAUUGAGAUUAAAGCUGCUUGCUUCUUCAUCCUGGAUUUACAUUUCAUGUAGUUUUACAGAGUUAUUACGCUAUGCC